AUGACUGAGAGUGACAUAAUUUGUCAAAUUGGUAAUGAUGAUGAUAUAAGCAAAAUGGAAAAUAUCGAAUCAUCAAUAUCUCCAUCAAAUACACCAACAACUACAAUAAAACCAAAACGAGCACGAUUAACAUUUCCUUUUGGAGCUUGUCGUGUAUGUUCUGAUUCAGCUACUGGAAUUCAUUAUGGAAUUGCCACAUGUGAAGGAUGUAAAGGUUUUUUCAAACGAAGCAUUCUUCGUAAAGAAAAAUAUCGAUGUUAUUUUGAUAAUUCAUGUCUUGUUAAUGUAACCAAUCGCAAUCGUUGCAAAGCAUGUCGAUUUCAACGAUGUAUAGACAAGGGCAUGUCCGUAGAUGGUGUCAAAAUGGGACGAAUACCAAAAUUGGUCAAAGAAAGAGCAUUACUCGAACAAAAAGAACAACAAAUGAGACAGGAAGCGGCAUCAACAGAAUCUAAUGAAAGAGCUGAUGAAGUACAUAUUCCAGAAUCAUCAUGUUCAUCAUUAUCUGAUCGUAGUAGUAUUGAAAAUUAUGAUCCAAAUGCAAUGGAUACAGAUAUGAUGGAUGCACAAAAAACAGCUAUCCGACAAAAUUGUAUACCAUUUAAAAUCUAUCCAAAUAAUAAUAAUAAUAACGAAAAUUUCUCUCAGACUAAUUCUAUAUUAUACAAUGAUCGAAUAAUAAAUCAUUCACUAGUACAAACAAAUCUAUCUGAAGAUGAUAUUAAUUCAACUUUAAAUUAUAAUUAUAAUAAAAAUCCAUCAUUUAUAUAUCGAACAAAAUAUCCAACAUAUUUACCCAAUGAUUUUACAUUAGAUGAAACUGAUGGUUUAGUUGAACAUUCAACAGGUGUUUUAACUAAUGAAUUAUUUACACAUGUCCUCAGCAUAUCAAAUAAACUAAGUCAGAAUAAAUCAACAUUACUUGUUCAAUUAACGGAUGAUGAAUUAACAUUUACAAAAUUUCUUCGUUGGUCAUCAUAUAAUAUUUAUCUUCGACAUUCAAAACGUGUUAAACAAUUAGAAACACGAAUGAAUCAAAUGAUUUAUAAUGGUAUUACUGAAUAUCCAGGUGAUAAUGCAACAGUUGAACAAUUUUUUGCUACUGUUCCAAAAACUGUAGAAGUUGUCGUUCGUUCAUCUGUUUUUUACAUUCAAGAAUUACCCGGUAUGGCUAAUAUGGGUUCAGCUAAUUUACAUAAAAUGAUUCUUCAUCGAUCAUUUGAUUGGUAUAUGCUUAAAUAUGGUAGUUUAUUAAAUGACAAUGGUCAAGGUUAUAUUCUAUCUCCUGAUGGUUUUCAAUAUACACGUCAUUGGAUGGAUAUAUUAUAUGGAGUUGAAAUGACCGAUGCAAUGUUUAAAUUUAGUCAAUGUUUUCGUAAUCUUAAUUUAACUGACAGUGAAAUUAGUCUUGUAAUACCUUUACAAAUGUGCUAUACAGAUUCAACUACAGAAGAUGAAGACAUUCAACGAGUUUUACGAUAUUCUUAUCUUUGUGCUCUUUAUCAAGAAUUAUGUCAAAACCGUGGUGCACAAGAAGGAAAAAUAUUAUGUAGUAAAAUUUUACAGGUACUAGAUCUAUUAGUUCCUCUCAAUGAAUCGUAUGAAAAAAAUGUUGGAUCUCGUGUAUUAGAAGGUAAAUAA